AGUACAUGGACGGACGAUUGUGCAUUGACUGCAUUCGUCGUUCAUAAUCUUAGUUUUCCUUCUCAUACGAUCAAUUCAUUUGGACCAAAGAAAAACUCGAACGAUGAAGACGACGAUUCAAAUUCCUCGUUUAUAUUGAAUAUUCUGUUUCUGCGUUGUCGUCUUCUUCUUCUCCGGAGUGCUUCCUUGUUCUUCUUUUCGAUUCUUCCGUGGCGUGAAUCAAUCUCGAGGCAGCGACGAAGACCCCGAUUCGUUGUAUGGAAUAGGAAGUUUCAAAAUUUUCAGUUCUGGAUGAUUUUUCACCUGGCGGAUUGAUCUGAUUUCGGAUUUUGAAUUGAAUCCGGGGGUUCCGAUUGGGUUUCGAUCAGAUUGAACUCAAUUUGUGUCCGAUUACCGGCUAACUCGAGAUUUCUUACGUUUCUGGAAAUUUUCUCACUUUUCAGGACUUCUGGUCGAUCUGAUUUCAGGUUCUGCUCACUGGUUUGAUCGGGAAUCGUGGUGGGAAUACUGGGUUUCCGUCAGACUGAAUAGGGUUUCAUUCAAAUCAUCAGCUCUACUUGAAAGUAUCUUCAAGCUUUGGAAAUUUGGCUGGAGUCGGGUUCGGUCUGAUUCGGCUUUUUUGAUUCGUCGGCUUGAUCCAAAGUCGUGCGACUGGAUUUUCUGGUAUUGAGAAGAUCGAACCAGAUUCAAUCGGGGUUUCUUCCAUCUUUCUCGAGGGUUUCGAGUGUCUGAGAUGGUAUAUCUCCAUAGCUCAAUCUCGGUCUGCAACUCCGUCGACCACACUCUGGCACCGAUCAUGGCGAACUCCUUAAACUCAUCAGAUUCUCAUCCGAAAGCGAGGAACGGUAGAAAAUCACACACGUCACCGAGUUCGAGCUGCCCCGAAUUUUCUCGAUCGGCUGCGAUCGACGUCGUGAUCCUGAUCGCCGUGAUCACUGCCUGCGUUUUCCUCUUCUUCCCGUGCAUCAAAUUCGUCACUGUGAAAUCGGUGCAGCUCUUGGUGGAGCUCUCGUGUCUGGCCAGAGGAGAGAUUUCGAGGAACCCAGUAGUGUACGGAUCCAUAGCUCUGAGCAUAACAUGCGCAGCGAUCUCUGCAUGGGUGGUUCUGCUCUUAUGCACCUCCAAAAGAUGUCGGAACCCUAACUGCAGAGGUCUAAAGAAAGCAGCCGAGUUCGAUAUCCAGAUCGAGAAAGAGGAUCGUGUGAAGAAUUCGACCAGCGGCGUCAGCAAAAGGGGAUUGUUUCAGGUGCCGCGUGACCAUCACCGUGAAUUGGAGGCAGAGCUGAAGAAAAUGGCGCCGCCCAAUGGAAGAGCAGUGCUGGUUUUGAGGGCAAGGUGUGGUUGUUCUGUCGGGAGAUUAGAGGUUCCUGGCCCGAAGAAGCAGCAAAGGAAGAUCAAGAAAUGAAGGGAGGAGGGUUCUGUUUAAUCUUUCCUCUUACCAUUGUUAUAAGAUUCUGACAGUGGCUGGCUAUCACAGGAACUUGUAUCUUUACCCAUGUCUUUAAAUAAAAGCUAAAAACAUGAUGGGAAUAAGACAUUGUAAAACGAUUACAGUAGUGAAGAAGGUUCUGUUUAA